GAACAACUUCUAUCGAAAGGAAAUCUAGCGUAUUUUAUUUUUAUCUUCUAAGGAGAAUUUUAUACAUUUUUUGUAUGCUUCAAAUAUGCCACUAAUUCGUAAGGAAGGAAAAGACACUAUAAUAUUUGCAUCAAAAGAAGAUCAUGCAACACCUAGUAAAAUAGAGCUUCCAGAAGCAGAACCAAGUCCUGGUCUCUUGCUACCCAAUGGAGAAAUCAAUUGGAACUGCCCAUGCCUUGGAGGAAUGGCAACUGGACCAUGUGGUUUAGAAUUCCGCGAGGCAUUUUCCUGUUUCCAUUAUUCAACAGCAGAACCAAAAGGUUCGGACUGUUACGAAGCAUUUAAAACAAUGCAAUCUUGUAUGGUACAAUAUCCUGCAUUGUAUCGAAGUAAGGGCGCAGUCCUAGAUGAAUUCGACGAAGAUGGAGAUCCGAUGGAAGAACACCAUAAAAAUGUGGAGGGUGGAGAUAAAGUUCCUGGUGUAAAAAAUCAAACGGAAAAGGAAGAUAUACCAGAAACUUCUAGUAUUGAAAAAGGAGUGGAACGAACUAACACUAAAUAAAUGUUAUCUCGCUAGUACAAAUAUCAAUGCAAUGAGAUUGCAUUGCAAACUAACUAAAGUAAAUUUUUACCGAGACUUAAGGCAAUAGGAUCUCUGUAGUACUCGCAAGGAAUAGAUACGUGUGGGGCGAAGUAUUUUUGAAAGGAAAUAAAGUACCCGCAAAUACUGUUUUUCGUUUUCAGGUAUUUGUUCUUAAUUUUUCUGUAAAGUUAUAGAUGACAAAACGAAAAUGAUUUAUUGCAUUUGCUCGUUAUUUUGAUUUACUUAAUUCAUUAAUUAUGUAUUUCAUUUUUUUUGUCUGGAAAUCAAAAGUGAAUCGAUAUACAUAUUAUUUCUCGCAUUUUCCGUUGAAUUUCAACUUAUUGUACAUACUUUGUACAUUGUGAUCAAUAAAUACUUCUUCGAAUUAACAAA